CAUUCACAUACCAUAUCAGCCCUUCCCUAUCAUCCAUGCCCUUCUUCCUUCGCUUAAGACUUGUUAUUAUCAUCUAUCAACCUACUCAGCGUCCUCCCGACAUCACACAGAGUAGCGAGACCAAGAGGGGGGGAGGGAAUGAAAUAUAAUAAGCCUAUCAAACCCACCCUUGCCAUCUCCCCAUCCUCAUCACUCUUCGCCCCCUCUUCAAUUACCAAAUCAGAAACCACUUGACCUUUUUAUAUCCUAUCUUCCAAUCAAACCUUCUCCUGGUAUCCAUGCCCGAUUUCAAAUCAGCCACGACAGGUGUGGCCGCUAAGGCGAUGCGCAACGAGCUCUCGAGAUUAGCUGAGGAAGUCUCUGAUGCAAACUAUCGCAAGGCGUUCGAGGCGGAGAUGCAAGGCUUCUUCUUGCUCUUCAGCCGAUAUCUUCAGGAGAAAGCCAGAAACACCCCACUUCAAUGGGACCGUAUCGCUCCUCCCGCCGCAGACCAGGUGGUCUCUUAUUCCACUCUGCCAGAAACCUCAGAUCAUUCGAUCUUAGACAAGCUUGCCGUAUUGAAAUUGAACGGAGGUCUGGGUACCACCAUGGGCUGUGUUGGUCCUAAAUCAGCCAUCGAAGUCAGGGAUGGGAUGACCUUUUUGGAUCUAUCCGUCCGUCAGAUCGAACAUCUCAACUCGGCCCAUAAAGUCAACGUGCCGUUCAUCUUGAUGAACAGUUUCAAUACCGAUGAUGACACUGCACGGAUCAUUCAAAAAUAUGCCAAUCAUAACAUUGAGAUCAUGACCUUCAACCAAUCCCGUUAUCCACGAGUGAACCGUGAAAGUCUCUUACCAGCCCCACGAACGGCGACGGGCGACAAGUCUGCCUGGUACCCACCAGGACAUGGAGACUUGUACGAUGCGAUCACGAACUCUGGACUGUUGGACAAACUGCUUGCAGCCGGAAAAGAGUAUAUCUUUGUCUCCAACUCGGACAACUUGGGCGCGGUCUUGGAUACCAAGAUCAUGCAACACAUGAUCGAUUCUCAAGCCGAAUUCAUCAUGGAAGUCACCGAUAAAACUAAGGCCGAUGUCAAGGGUGGGACGCUCAUCAACUAUGAUGGUAAUAUCCGACUCUUGGAAAUCGCUCAGGUUCCAAACGAUCACGUCGAAGACUUCAAGUCGGUCCGCAAGUUCAAGAUCUUCAACACCAACAACUUGUGGGUGAACCUUCGAGCCUUGAAGCGAGUGAUGGAAUCGGACGGGAUGGAGUUGGAUAUCAUCGUCAAUAACAAGGUGGCCGAGAAUGGCGAGGCGGUCAUCCAGCUCGAAACCGCAGCCGGUGCGGCGAUCCAACACUUCAGGAAUGCACAUGGCGUCAACGUCCCUCGAAGCCGCUUCUUGCCCGUCAAGAGUUGCUCGGAUCUCUUACUGGUGACCAGUGAUUUGUACCAGCUAGAGCACGGUCGACUGGUGAUGAAUGAAGCCAGGAUGUUCCAGUCAACCCCUGUGGUCAAGCUCGGUGAUCACUUCAAAAAAGUCGCCGCCUACCAAUCCCGAUUCAAGAACAUCCCGAGCAUGUUGGAGCUCGAUCAUUUGACGGUCAGUGGGGAUGUCAAGUUCGGGCGCAAGGUGACCUUGAGAGGCACUGUGAUCAUCGUGGCUAACGAAGGCAGCAAGAUUGAGAUCCCUGAUGGCACAAUCUUGGAUAACAAGUUGUUGACCGGUAACUUGUCGAUCAUCGACCACUAGGCUCAUCUUUAUAAUUCGACAUACAUGCACAAAAGAUAUAAACAAAAAGCAGAGCAUGGGAGAAGACGCAUCGAGUGUUCCCUUUCCUUUUUUUCCUCCUUCUUCUCUCGAUUAUCAUUUUUAUUAUCACCGAAACAGGCCUGGUAGAUUUAAUCAUACAUCCCCCCCCAAAAAAAAACAAAGGCUACAUAGAGGGUUUUAUAUAUAUGUACAGAUAUGUAUGACAUCAAGAAAAAGGCCCAAAAUCAUAUGAUCAAAUCAAUGAAACUUCUCUUAUUUAAUGAUUUCUUAAUAGAUUUGGUUGGUUGUCCGAAUACUCAUACUGAGUGAAUGUUAAUCUUAUUCUCCAUUCUCCUGUUGUUGCUACUGUUGUUGUUCAGAUUAGUCAGUCAUCCCUGUUCCUGGUGUUUCUCCUUAUAUAAUUUUAUUUAUUAUGUCAAAUAUGACCCACAAGAAAGAGAAAGAAUGUUCUUGCUUUUUUUUAAAAAAAUGUUGCUUGAAAGAAUAUAUAGACCUGAAAGACAUGAGUGUAUUUUGAUUUGAGAUGGUGAUGAGCUCAUCUAUGUAGAUGGUGCGUCAAUAUGCAGUUGUG